AAAACAAAGUUGUAUUCAAUUCGUUUUUGUUUUUUUUUGUGGUCGAAAAAAGAAAAAAGAAAAAUAGAUUUUUUUUUGUUUCGGUUAAAUACUCAAUAAAGAUGUAGAAUUUAGAUAGAAAAUUUUUCAUAUAACAAUGAGAACAAUCAAAAGAAAACGUUUAGAAAAUUCGAAUGAUGUUGAGAUUGAAUGUAAUAGUUUGUUGGAUGAACAUUCAUCAACGAAACGACAAUCACCAAAUAAUGUUAGCUCAUCGAUCAAUCAACAACAACAACAUCAGGAAUUAUCACCACCUGAUGACCAAAAUAUUUGUUCUGGUCAAGAAUCACCACCAUCAACAAAUGAUUUUAAAACACCACUACCUGUUACGAAUGAUCAUUUCAAUAUUCGAAGAAAAUCAAAUCGAAUAUUAAGUCUAAAGCGUUUAAAUCAAAGUUUACAACAACAGAAUUCCAAUCUAGUCACGUCAUCAACAUCGGAUCAUAAUGAUUUACAACAACAACAACAACAAGCUCAAAUUUCUGAAUGUGAUCAAAACAGUAUUCCAGCAUUUGAUACAGGUCAGAAACCAAAUCAAACAUCAGAUAUUUCGAGUACUGCAUUAAAUAAUAAUGAAGCAAAUAGUAAUUGUAAUCAGAUUAAAAACUCUUCAUCUACUACUACUUCUGUAACGACAGCCAAUACAUCGAAUUCAAAUUCGGGAAAAUCUUUACGUAAAAUUCAAGCCUGGACUGAAGAUGAUAUUCGUUGGUUUUUCGAAGCACUCGGUGAACAUGGUAAAGAUUUUCCUCAUAUUCAAUCAUAUAUUGCAUCACGUUGUGAAAAGAAAGGUAUUGCACCUGAAAUGAUUAAAAAUUAUGAACAAGUUCGUCAUUUUUAUUAUCGUAUGUGGCAUAAAAUAUCACAAUUAUUAAAAAUAUCUGCUAAUGUUGAUAAAGGUAUACAAGAAAUUUAUGGCCUUAUUAAUUAUGGUGAAAUUUGGAAAAGAUUUGGUCCAAAAUUUGAUUGUCGAUUAAAUGUUAGCCUUCAACAAUUAGUUGAUUAUGGUUAUACGGUGGUAAAGAUGAAAGGUAAAAAUGUUCGAAUUCGUACACCGGUUUGUAAUGCCUUAAAAAAGAUACAUAAUAUUGAUAAUAAAAUUAAUAAACCAGCUACACAGCCAUCAAUGCCAAAAGAGAUUCAAAUCGAAUUAAUACCAGCUACAAAUUCUGAUUGGAUACGUGUACAUUCGUUGGCACAGAAUCCAAGAUUACGAACAAAACUUUCUAUGCAACAACGAUUAUCAACAUUGAUUAGUUAUCUGGAAAAACGUUGGAAUCCGAAUCGUUUAUUGAACAAUGAUUUAAUUGAUCAAUCUUCAUUGAAUAAUGAUAAUUGUCGUAUUCGUUUACGUGCUCAAAAUUCAGCUAGACUUUGUGAUGUUACACUUAAAUCGACGGCAAAUUCUAUAUCAUAUCAUUCAUAUCGCUCAACAACACAUGGUACCGGUCAAAUUGAUGUUUCACUUUCUGCAUAUUUAAAAAAUACAUUCAACGAUGCUAAUAGUUUGAUGAAAAAAUCUAAAAUGAAUAAAAAAACUGCUGCUGCUGCUGCUAAAAAAUCGACAAAUAUUUCAAUGGAUACUAAUGGUUUGACGGCUAUUUCAAAAGAUUCAAAUAUUGAAUGUUGUGAAUGUCCUAAUGUUGAUAAUAAUAAUAAAGAUGAACGUAAUGAAAAAGAUGAUGAUAAUGGUAAUGAUCCACAACCAAUUGAUUUAUUUAAAUUAUUAGAUUCAAUGAAUGAAGAAUUAGAAGUAUCACCUAGAAAUCAUUAUAUGAAUGAUAAAAAUAAAUCUUAUUCAGAAUGGAAAAAUGAUUAUGAACAAGAAUCGAUUACCAAUUCAACACAAUCAGUAAAUGAUAUUGAUGAUGAUGAUAUUCGUUUACCUGAACCUCCUUCAAAUCAAACAUUAGCACAAUGGCUUUCCGGUGGUGGUGAUAUUGACGAUGAAGAUGAUGAUAGUGGUGUUGGUAGUGUUGAUGUUAAUAAACCAAUAUUGAAUGAUGAUUUGGAUGGUGAUAAUGAAUCAUCUCAGAAAAAUAUUUCCGAUAAUGAUCAAUCGAUAAAAAUAACGGAUAUAUCGAAAUCGAAUCGUAAACGUAGCUGUACAAAAGAUUUAACCGAAACGGUAGAAAUGUUAACAGCCGAACAAGCACUUAUAGGAUGGACAUUGAAUGAAGGAAAAAUGGUUACUAUCGGUGAAUUAUAUCUACUUUUUUGUCAACCGGAAAAAAUAACUCUUGAAUAUAGUUGGAUUGUUGUUGAUGAAAAAGAUUCAUUAGUCUGUGAUGAAAUUCAAUCAAAACCAUUGAAUACAUUGAAAAAAUUUUUGAUAGCAGCCGAAAUGACAUUAAUGAAUUAUAAAAAAUCAACGAAUAAUAAUAAUAAUAAUCUGUCUAUAUCAUCAUCGAAUCUACGUAAACGACAAGCUAACAAAAAUUCAACGACAACAACAACAACAAACACCAUUACUAAUCAACAACAACCAAAUUCACAAUUAUUAUCGAAUCUAAUUCAGGAAACAAUUUUAAAUGAUAAUGUUACUAAUAAUCCUGAACAAUCAUCUAAUCAAAAUGAUGAUAAUAUAAGUGAUGAAGAUGGACGAAAUUCAAAACCGAUAAUUGCUACCAAAUCUGGUCAUAGUAGUAAAUCCAAUCUAAAUAAAUCAUCAUGUUUAGUUUCAAAUGAAAAUGGUGAGAAAAUAAAAACGAUAAAGAAUAAUCGUACUACAGCCGUAUUGGUUGAUGAUCCACAUAAAAUUGAUGAAGUUCUUAAAGAAUUAAAAAUUCGUGGACGUCGUGCCGGAAGACCAGUGAAUAAAUUUAUGUAUAAUAAUCAUCAUCCGAAUAAGAUACUUAAUAUGAAUGGUAAUUCAUUAUCACAACCACAACCGACAUCAAAAUCAACUGUUUUAUUGACUGUACGAGCAUCAAAUCUAAGACAAUCGGUGGAUGGUACAAUACCUAAACAGAUUGUAUUGACGGCUAUGACUAAUGAUGUAAAAAAUCCAGAAAAAUCAUCAUCAGUAUUAAUACCAAUUCAAUUGGAGACAGCUGCCAAAUCAUCAUCAUCAACAACAACCGAUUCAACAACAUACUUUCAGCUAAUGCCAUCAACACAGAAUCUUUCCAUUCAAACUGAUUCAACUGUUACAAUGACGGAAAUGGAUAAAACAAACGAAUGGUUUUCAAAUUCCACACAGGAUGGAUCAUUUCUGUUAUCGAAUGAUUAUCAUCCACUACAAUCAUCAUCGUCGUCGAUGGUCAAAACUGUUGAACCGGUCCUUGUUCCAUUAGCACCAUUGCCUACCGAUAUUGAAACACAUAUGAAUACGUUUGCCGAAGAUAAUUCAAUCGAUUUGAUGGCCAAAUUUGCCGAUCUAGCCGAACAAAUUACAUCUACUGAUGGUGGUAAAUCUAUUCAUUAAUUGAUUUUUAUUUGAUAUGUUUUAUUCAUAAAAUUUAUAUUGUGAAAAUAUUUACAUUAUAUUCAUUAAAUAAAAAUAUAAAA